ACACGCUGCUUAUUGCUAUACGUGGAACGCAACAACGUGCGGCGCGAGUGUGUGAGCGAGUAAUGUAAAGCUCGCAGUGUGCUGGAGGAGACAGGCGUGGGUGGCGCGCAGCACGCAUGCGCGAGACUGCCGCGGGCCGGGAGCCUCGCGAGAUGCCUCAGUGGCGCGGCGGGACGCCCGGUCGAUUCCAGGGCGCGCGCAAACACUCAUGUUUGAACACGGUAUCAUCCGUGAAUUUCACUGAAAAUAUACAUCGCAAUCUGUCGAAAAUCUUAAUCCGUCUUAAGUGAUUUUUUCCUCGAAUCGGUAUUGUCCUAAUUUCAUUGUUUAAGUAACUUAGAUAAUACAAAAUUUGGUCGUUUUUCCGGCAUCUUAUAAAAAAGUCAUGGAACAUAUCUGGACAUCUGCUUUCAUGUGAUUAAUAAGUACACCAACGGAAUGUGUAAUUGAUGUGUAGAUCAAUGUCAAACGUUCCUUGUGACAACUUCUAAUUCAUAAAUAUUGAACCUGAAGUGUGAAAUACUGUUGUGUUGUUAUCGUUAUGAACAAAAUUAGGCAUUAUAGAUUUAUUAUGUAAAUAGUGAAUGUCGUACAAACCAGUGCUAUGUUGUAAUAAUCUAUUGAAGGAAAAAGCAAUAAUGGUCACCGGUACAAUAUCUUCGCUACUCCUAUCUGCGCACUUGAGGUUAGCCAGGUGAAGGAUGCAGGUGCGGUGGGCGGCGUGGGCGCUGGCGUGGUGCGCGUGCGCAGCGGCCGCGCCGGCCGAGCAGCGCACGCCGCUCCCCACCGCCAGCGCCGCCGCCGCCGCCCCGCAGUCGCCAGCCUCCGGACAUGCAGCCUCCGUCUGCGAACCCCUCGUCUUAAAGAACACGCCGCCUAUGCCAUCAAAUGCUCGUGAGCACGAGGCGGCUGCGAUGCACACGGCCCGUGCUCUGGUGGAGUUGGUGCAGCAAGGCGUGGCGGACGAGGAGCGCGCUGCAGCGCUGGCCCGCGCAGCGACCCGCGCACCGCUCGCCCCACCACCCGCCGCAGUCGCGCUAGGAGCCCCACAGUUACAUCUUGGCGUCCUCUACAUAGCAGAACCACCUAAACUUGUCGUCUUCCAACAAAAUAACUCAAUAACCCUACGUCAGUUUUGGAGAACAUUGGCAUCAGCGUGGAAUGCGACUACAGCGGUGUGGUCAAAUGCUUGGUUCUCUUGCGAUAAGGAUGGCGAGGGCUGGUGGGGAGGGGUAGCAGCAGCUCGUGGAUCAGGACCUGCGAGAUCGGCUGCAGCUCUCUUCCGCCGCUGGCCUGCUCUACCUUGUGAGGAGGCUAUGAAUGACUGGCUAGGUGGAGCUCCUUUGUGCGAUGCUGCUACUACAGACUGCGAAGCUACUCCAUCUUUUGGUUCUGGAGAUCGCAGGAUAGAGUAUCGAUGCAAGUGUCAGGCAGAGCACUGGAACUCAGGGGGCAGCGGGUGGCUGAGUGGCGCUACGUUAAUAGCAGAUGACUCCGGCCCUUUGACCUGCACACCUUGCGGCAUGGGCAGUGACUCCACUGCCUGUUUAACUGACGCCCACCGCGUGGCGGUCCUGGCUGGCAACGUGGGCGGAAUGCUCCUCUGUCUUGUCACAGGAGUAAUCAUAUUUCACAAAAGAAAAUGUAAAGCGGUGGCGGUAGGAAUGUGGACCGUGUUAGAAGUUGUUCUGCUUGGUGCGUUUUUGAUGUAUGCUUCCGCGGCGUCCCAGUUCAUAUCGGUCGCAAAAUGGCGGUGUAUAGCGGGGGCGUGGCUACGAGAACUUGGCUUCGUAGCGUGCUAUGGCUCCGUGGUGUUGCGACUCUGGGUGUUGCUCGCUGAGUUCCGCACGAGAAAAGCCCAUCGAUGGACGCCAAGGGAUUCAGAGGUUUUACGAGUAGUUGGGGCGAUGGUGAUGGGCGCAGCGUGUUACUUGGCAGCAUUCACCGCGACAGCAGCCUGUGAAGAGGACGCCAGUGCGGGCUGCGCACGCGCCGCUUGGCACCAUGUCACGGCCGGAGCAGAGUUACUGCUACUAGCCGCGGGACUGCGAAUAGCUUACGCGGCUAGGAACGCAAAUGUGCCAUUCCAGGAGCGUGGAUGGCUAGCAGCAGCUUUGUGCUGUGAGGGUCUGUGUGGAGUGUGGUGGCGCGGCGUGGCGUGGGGCGAGCCGGGCGCGGCGCCGGAGCGCUGGCCACUGUCAGCUGCGGCGCGCGCGCAGCUGUCGGCGGGCGCAGCGCUGGCCUGCGUGCUGGCGCCCCGCCUGUGGCACGGGUACCGUGCGCGCUCCCUUGCUCAAGAGGUAUCGCGUCGUGGUCCGGCGGAGGGUUUCGGUGCGGAAGGUGAAGAGGAGCCCACCUCGGAAGAAGUUCGCGCUGAACUGAAGAGGUUGUACGUGCAAUUGGAGAUCUUGCGGAACAAAACACUGCGCAGAGACAACCCACACAUCAGUAAGCGUCGCGGCGGCAGGAAACCGCCACAUCGACGAUUCUCCUUACAGGCUCUGCAGGCACGGCGCGGAUGUAAGGGUAAGGCGGGCGGCAGCGCCAGCGUGGUGGAGGCAAGUGAGGCUGGAGACGCGUCGCGUACUCCUGAGGAUUCCGUCUGCUCCGCCGAGGGACCCAGCCACUACACCGACGCGGACACCCAGGCGUGAUCCCACCUCCUCCACUCCAGCAUUAGCCGCGAGCCCCAUUCCUAUUUAUCAAUCUCUGCUUUACCUCCGUGACCUAGGACAGAAACCAUAUCUCACUAAUUGCUAUCGGUAUCUGCCAAGCAGAUUCUUGCUGACUAUUAAACGUCUCGUAAGAAUGGGUUGAAUUUUCGUAGAUUAUAUUAUUAUUAGAGCGAUUGUUACAAAUGUAAAUUAUAUUUUUAAUGCAAGCGUGAGUCAUUUCGUACAAAAAUAUGCCUCCAAUGUCUGCCCCAUUGUGAAUGUUAAGCAAAUUCGUACCUCAUUAUUAAGAUACCUAUAAUAUACAUACAUAAUAUAUUUACCUAUAAACAACAAGCAAUACAAAUAUUUGAUAAAUGUGAUGAGUGGUUAGAAUCAUAACGGUCCAUUAAACAAUAGUAAUAGAAGAGAUAUUUAGAUCUGGAAUUGUUAUUAAGGUAAGGCAACAUAGUCGUUGUGAAAAUUUAUAUUUUUUAUGGGAAAUUAUUUAAAACCUUUAACAUUUUUAUAGCAUUGAUUCAUAUUCACGAUAUAAGGACAAAAGUAGAUCAAAAAUAUAUUUAAAGUAAAACUAUUCAUAUUGAAAAGCAAUUACAUAUGUACCUACCGUAACAUGACCUGUAUUGUACAUUAAAUCUAUCUAAAUACUAGUCAAGGAAGUGCUGAAGUUUUGUAUAGAGUUAACAUAGUUUUACAAUAAUUUUAUUAUUACAUAAACCUUAGUGCACGCGGUACUUGUCAUAUUGUUAGGUAUUUAACAAAAUGAUGAAAUGAAAUGAACAAUGUGUCAGUAUCCGCGAAAGUACCUAUAGCGAUUACGAGUAAUGUAAGUAGAAAGUAUGGAACUAGUGUUUUAUUUAAAAAAUAUUCACUUCAUCA